AGGCUCCCGCCCGACUGGCCUGGCGAACACGUCAUUCGGAUGCUCGCUCAGAUGGCCGUUCCAUUGUUCAUUUUUGCCGCAACCGUCUGCCGCUUUGUCGAAGAUCCGGUGUGGUCUGACCCCGCCGGUCAGCUCGAGAAAGUUUUACAGUAUCAGCGGAAGACCCAUGAUUCCGAGCUUGACAAACUCGACGCGACAUAUCUCCCAAUUCUCAACCAGCUCACUGCCGGGCGUGCUGAGCCACAGAGGGGCCGCUUAUUAGCCGAGUUCCGGGAUGUUGUUGGCCCUAUUGUUCUCCUCGCCCAACCGCUCUCAGUGUCGUCGCUCGCACGACUUCUCAUCAUCUCUCCUAAAGCUAUAUAUGGCAGGCUCAACUCUCUCCACUCGGUCCUGAGAAUUUCCCCGGAAAUAGAUGCUCCUGUCAGACUCUUUCACCUGUCUUUCCGCGACUUCCUUUUCGAUCCAACCAAGCGUGCUGAGGAGUUUUGGAUCGACGAGAUACAACAUCACCGAACGCUUGUGGAUAGAUGUAUUCAACUUAUGCGCCAACACCUUAAGAGAGACAUCUGCGGUCUGCAAGUGCCGGGGAAACCGCGCUCGGAAAUCGACCAACGAACCGUCGACGCCGCUCUGCCACCCGAAGUCCAGUACGCAUGUCAGUACUGGGUCCACCACUGGAAGGAGAGCAAAGGCAUUGUACGGGAUGACGGCCCGGUCCACAGUUUAUUGAAGAGCCAUCUUCUUUACUGGCUUGAAGCGCUC